CUGGUUUCAGACGACGACUUCAACCUCAUCCACGACGCUGUCUACCGAUACAACGUCGUCGUGAUCAAAAGCUCGCCCAACCUCUCCGUCAAAGCGCAGUACGAGCUGACGCGACGCUUCGACCCAACUGCAACCAGCUACGGCCAUGGCAGCACUACCACUCUCGACGCCAAGCGCAGCGUGCUGCAUCCCGAUCUCAAGACGGUGCCGCACCAGCCCCAGGUGCAGAUCCUCGGCCACGGCUUUGUCCCCAGCUACGAGGGCCUACAGAAUCUCGUCUUGCGGCAUCCGCACCACCGCACGUUCCAUCGUGAUGCCAUCCCCGCGGAGGACGAUCUCCUAUUCACGCGCUUCUACCGCUGGCACAUCGACGCUGCGCUGUACGCCCUCAACCCGCCGCUGGUGACCAGCCUGCUGGCCGUGUCGUUGCCGUCUACCAAGCGCCGUCAGACGGUGCGGUACGACGACGGCAGCGGCGACGAGCUGGACGUCUCGCUGGGCACGACGGCGUUCGUGAGCGGGUACCAGAUGUACGACCGUCUGUCAGACGAGGACAAGGAAUUCGUCCGCACCAGCAAGAUCGAGUACGCGCCGCAUCCGUACAUCUGGAUGAGCCGGGCCCGCUCGCUCCCGACAGGACUGGGCCUGUACACCGAAGGCCGCGAGCUGUCCGAGACAGAGCUCCCAGCCAUCGACGCGAACAAGAUCCAGAUCCUGCCCAUGGCAUGGAAGAACCCCGUCACGGGCCAGCUGGCGCUGCAGAUCCACCCGUCUGCCGUACGACGCAUCCACCUGCAGGACGGAAGCGUCAUCGACGAUUUGGCGCAGGUGCGUGAGAUCGUGUACCGCCUGCAGCGGCCGGGAAUCAGCCCGGAGUAUGUCUACGCGCAUGAGUGGGAAGAGGGCGAUCUGGUGCUGUUUAAUAACCAUGGUGUGCUGCACAGUGUUGUAGGAGCGUUUGCGGAGGGUGAGGUGCGGCUCAUGAGGCAGUGUAAUUUGGCGGCGAGCAGACCUCCGUUGGCUGUAGACUCUUGA